AUGAUUCAAAUUGUAAAGGUUCCAAUAAAAAAUGGUAAAGUAGAUGAUGACGUUUAUAAUAAUCAAUUAGACGGUUAUUUCACAAAAGAAGAACUUACAUCCCGAAUUAAAUCAUUUAAUCUACUUUAUAAAACAUAUCAGAAGAAAUAUACAAAACUUAUCCUAUUACCCUUCAUCUUACCGGUACUGUGUUUAAUAACGAUAUUACCAAUUGUCAUUAUCCGUAGGAUAUAUGAUACGACUAAACCAUAUUCCAAUAAUUAUCAUAUUGGUUUAAUUGGUGGAAUAUUACCAUUGAUCUUUGCAAGUUGUAUUAUUUGGUAUUGCGUUAUAUGUAUUAAGUAUAAAAGAGAAAUUCAACGUGAAGUUCAUUUACUUGUUACAAAAUAUAACAGUCAUGAUUACUCUCGUCAUAUGCAUUGGAAAAUAAUUCAAGAACGCAAUGGUAAACCUACCCUUCCCGUAUUUUCUUCAUCCAACUAUACGGAAUUCUUGACAAUCAACAUUGUAAAGGAUUUACGUUGUAAUUAUGACUUGUCAUAUCGUUCGUCAUCCUCUGUAAACGUAAAUCGUUCUUUAAAUAAUUUUACAUUUGCAACUUCAAUUGAUGAAGAUUUUUCUCUUUCACCACCUCCACCUGUUUAUUCUUCUUCAAAUAACUCCUCGACUAUCAAUAUUGAUUCGUCAUCAUUACCCUCAUUAUCUCCCAAAAAAUUUCAUUCCCGAUUAGAAAUUUUUACAAUUAAUGAAAAUGAUAGGGUUAUUGAAGAUGGAUCAGAUUCAUUUUUUUUAAAUCUUCCUCUUCCAACAUAUCAAGAAGCUUUGAAAUAUUUAGAUGACAGUAAUGUAUCAUUUGUUGAAAGCAAGAAGGGGUAA